AUGGAAAUGAUUUUGACUGUAAUUUUUGAAACGAUAGCAAAAAGUGAGCUAAUCCCUCAUUGCACGUGUAAUGAAAUUGCACCAUGUCGUGAAGCAUUGGGACGAUCACUACAGCCAUGUGUUGACAAAUGCCAAAAGCAAACGCGAACGAUGAAAAGAAAUUUUCAAAUCUUGAGAACAUGCAUUCUGAAAUUCGAACCACAAAUUGUGAAAACAAUUAACUGCUCCGAAAAUACUUUCUAUGGCUUUUGCGCCAUGAACUCAGGUCAUACCACUGAGAAAAGGUAUUUGGAAUCAAUCUUUAUCACUGCAGCAAAUCAAUUCAAAAAUGACCUCGGAGACAUGGCAUCUCGAGCACAACCCCUCAUAACUGCUAGUCAGCAAUUCUUGCGGUGUGUCAAAAAUUGCGUAGAACAUUCAAACACACAAUGUCCUAAUCGAAAAAAUUGUGGCCUUAAUCUCCCACAGGAUGCGGUGUUAAUCAAGAAGAUUAAGCAGUGCGCAAUUUCUAAUAACUUUAAUACAGCUGCUAUGCAAGCUAUCUGUCACUGCGCUGUAACAUCUGGUUUGAAAGAUUUGGAAAACGUCUGUUCACGGCUAAAAAUUGCUGUUUGA